CGAAGUCACCAGAGGCCCCGCGAUCUUGGCCCCCUCCACUGCACGCCGCAGCGCCGCCACCGUCGGCUUCCAACUCGCGUCCACGCCGUCCUCGUCCCAAAGUGCCGCCUUCACGCGCACAUCAACCUUGUCAAACACUACCAAGGCGCC